UUUCAAGUCGAAGAAAGAAAGCCGCGAAAGAUCUCGAAAACUGAAGAUCUUUUUUCAUUUGAAAAUCUAGUAAGAACACUUGCGCAUAUUUAUAUAGAAGGCUAAAAUCUCUCAAGUCCUAUUCUCAUACAGAAAGUAACUCAUUUAAGAGAAGUCGCAACAAGAAUUUGAAUCGUUGUGUUGGUUUGUGGAUUGAAUUCCUGCUGAUAACUCAGUCAUCAGGAUUGUGGAACCAUUUUGGUGGAGUUUUCAUUUUUGAAUUAUUUGUUAGUUCUUUCUCCUCCGCUUGGCAAUUGCUUGCAGCCUUCGUCUCUUUCAUCGUAGAUAUCUUCAGAUAUUGCCGCUAACACUACCAACACUUCGGGUGGUUCACACAGCAACGUUUACAACCGUUUUCCGAGAACUCUCUAGUGUGUUGCCCAAGUUAGAAUGAUGCCCAUUUACGUGGACUCGUGUCCUCGCCAACGAAGCCAGGUGCCUUCGGGUCAGUAUUAUUAUCCUAGCUAUGAUGGUAUUCCGCCUCAGAUGACGGUGGAUCAAGCUAAACAUCCUAUGAUGCAUGGACCAUGGAGUAAUGGCAGCAACUGUGGCCACAUGAUACCCUGUUAUGCAUGCUCCAACCCUGGCAACUACCCAGUUUAUUACAGUUUUAAUCCUCCUACCUCUCAUUUCCCAACGUCACCAUUCCUUCAUAGCUGUGGGCAUAAUCCUGCAUUCACUUCACCAUACCUAGUCAAUUACCCACUUACUUCACACCAUUCGGUGGUGCAGCCAGCGUAUGGAUAUGACAAGGAAGCACAAAGAGACUAUCACUGCUGUGGCUGCCCUAAUCACGUAUGCAAUCAGAAAAGUGACAAAGGUGUAAAGAUUGAAGAGGAGGAGCCUGAAAUUGCGAGGAAAAAUUAUUCAUUGGUUCCCAUUAAGUCAAAAAGUUACCCAUAUCCAGUUAUGUGGAUCCCACCUGAGUAUAUGAAGAAAAAUUUUGAGUAUGGAAGGCCUCUUGAAUCAGAGGUAGCAGACCAGAAUGCUUCACACAGCACAAAGUCCCAUGAGGAUAUAAAGUCCUCGGAAAAGGGACCAGCAGUUUGGAAUGAGUGGUUUCCUCGGGAUUUGAACAGACUUAAACCUUUGAUGCACGAUGAGGAUAAGGAGAGAACAGACAGCCAAUUGAACGAGGAUAGAAUGAGGCAGUUCACACAUCCCAUUAUCUGGGUGCCUUCUAAUAAUGGGAAAGAGGAGGCUCAAAAGGACCAAGGGAAGAUGAAUGGAUGGUUUCCAAUUGACAUAAAUGGCCUCAAAUCCCUGAUGAAAAGUGAAGAUGAGAAGGGAAGACAAAAUCAACAAGUUGAGGAUAAAAGGAGGCAAUUCCCUUUUCCUAUAAUCUGGAUGCCUUCUCACAGCGAGCAAGGGCAGGGUGAAAAGAAAGAUGAAAGGGAUUCAAAUGCUGCUUCAAUUUCUGAGGAGCCGCUAUCCAGCUUCAAGUUCAUUCCUGUGAAGCCUUCAGAGAUCGAUGAUAACAAGAUGGAAUCUGAAAACAAGAAAAAUUUUGGUGGUCAGGCUAAAAGUUCACAGACAUUGGAGAGCAUUACCAAUCAAGAAAUUGAUUCAGCAAAAAAAGUGGAAGUGCAGAGGAAGGCAGACAAUUCUGAUGAAACUAAGAAAGUGAGCAAUGGUCCAUCAAAGAAUGUGGAUUGUGUUGUGACAGACAAUCCUACAGAAACCAGUGUGAGAAGACAGUUAUCCCCUCAAAAGACAUCUAAGUUACCUCCUGUUUGUCUGAGAGUUGAACCUUUAUCAAGAAAGAAAAAUGGCAAUGUCAGUUCAAGGUCUCCUAGUCCUCCUGGCUCUAACAAACGAGAGAAAGCAGAAGACUCUCCUAGGGUUUCUGCUUCAUCAAGUUUGAAAGGGAACACACUACAGGAUGCAAAAGCACAAGAUGGUUUCCUGAACAAGAGCAAGGAGGUGGAGCCAGCAGAGACAGAGAGGAAGGUUGUUGAAUCUCGGAGGGAAAAUUCUGUGACGUUGCCCAUUGAUUCUGAAGAAAGCAUAUUAAGGAAAUCAUCUACAGAGGGAACUGAAAAGGACAGUUGCAAGUUUGACAAGGAUAAGAGGGGUAGUGAUGGGGGGGAUAUGGUGGGUGCAAAGGCAACUGAAGUAACUAAAACAUCUCAUUUAGCCGGAGCAGCUGAAGGUGAAGGACUAAAAAUGAGAAAGAAUCUGUCAGAUGUGGAAGCUGCCAUACGUGUUCAGUCUGCCUACCGGGGGUUUGGGGUUAGGAGAAUGGAACCACUGAAGAAAUUGAAGCAAAUGGCUGAAGUGCGUGAACAGGUGGCAGAGAUUAGAGACCGUAUACAAGCUCUUGAAUCUUGUUCUGAUUUACAGAAAAAUGAUAGGGAAAGGAAUGUAAUUGGAGAAAUGAUAAUGCGGCUUCUUCUGAAAUUAGACACCAUUCAGGGCUUGCAUCCAAGUCUUAGGGACAUCAGAAAGGCCUUGGCAAGAGAGCUCGUAAUUCUGCAGGAAAAACUUGAUCUGUUGUCUACAAAGAAGUCUAAAGGAGCUACUGAAGUUUCUGUUGAUCCCAGGAUUGACACCAGCAGUGAUGUAGUCAUGCAGGAAAUGCAAAACAAGAGGGCAGCAAUUUUUGAAAACUCUGUUGAGACAAGUGGUGAUAAUAGCAUUGAAAUGAAAGAGAAAGAUCAGAGUCAGCUUUCCCAGAGUUCACAAAUCCAGUGUCAAGAUACCUCAAAGCUUUCACUUGAUAAUAAAGUGGGGUAUGGAAGAUGUGAGAAUGAGAUCAAAGAAUCAAUUGUGGUAGGUGACGUGGACUCUCAAGUGGCAGAAUUAACUCCAAAUGUGCAAUUAGAAGCGACGGCUGUCAAUGGAGUGCAUGAUGCGAUUAAAACUGCCAAGUCAGAGACAGAAGAGACAAAUGAAGUACAGUCUGUUCAAUUGCCAAUAGUUGCAGAAGAGAAGACCAGCUCUGAGGUAAUGAUGGGAGCACUAUCUCAGGACUCGUGCUAUAAAACAAGUAGGGUGGAGGAUGAAGCAAAGGUUGCCAGAGCAAGUGAUACACUACUUGUGGAUGAUAAAUUGCAGGUGAAUGAGUUGAGAGAAUUGCCUAUUGAAAUGAUUGAAGAGCAUCCUGCGGUUUCCAAGUUGGAGGAAAUCAACCUAACUGGGAAAGAGGGGAGCGAGAUUGAAGAUGGUGAAAUGGAAUCCAACAUGUUAUCAGGUCCAAAUGUAUCGGCUGAUGUUGAUAACAUGAUGGCCUCUGAAGUUGAAGUUGAUGACAAGACAGCGGCCACUAAAGAGCCAGAAACAAAUCUGUUGGCUGAACUUCCUCUGGGUGUAACUGAAGAGGAGCUAGCUGUUUCUGCAUUUGAAGAGCCAGAGACAAAUAUGUUGGCUCAACUUCCAAUGGGUGUAAUUGAAGAUAAGCCAGCUGUGUCUGCAUUUGGGGAGCACAAACAAAUUAAGGCAGGGAAGGAUGAGGCCUUAUGCCAUGGUGAAGCAAUUGACAAUGUGGCAACCAAUACAACUGCUCUAAUGGAAGAGGAAGAUUCGAAGAAAGUGAUGUUGGAAUUGGGGGAAUUUCCUGUGAAUAUGGCAUCUGAAUUAGAGGAAAUCCAACCAUUGUUUUCUAUAGGAGAGGAAGAAAAAAGUGAACAAGUGGCCGUAGUUGGAGAGAGAGGUCAAGAAAUGAUAGAUGUUGAUGACGUGCCCUCUUCCGAAUUAGCUGUUAAGAAUGUUGACACUGGGGAGUCCGAAGAAAAGAAAGAACAAAUCUGGGAGCAGAGAGUAAAUGGGAAGAAAGAAGAAAAGGUGCUUCUUGACUCACAAUUUGACGGAGUAGUGUAUUUAAUUGACAAAGACAAAGUAGAAGACGAGCUACCUGCUGAGGUUGAAAGCACCAAAGAGGAUGUUCUCGAUGCUACACCAACUUACCAGAUAUCUAAUAAUGAAAAGGACACAGUGAUGGAAAGAGAUCAGAAGUUAAUAGAAGAGAAUGCAAAACUAAGAGAGAUGAUGGAGAAGCUGAUGGAAGCAGGAAAAGAGCAGCUGUCUGUGAUUUCCAGCUUAACCGGAAGAGUGAAAGAUUUGGAGAGAAAGCUGUCCAGGAAUACAAAGCAUGGAAUAAGACGCUACGGAAAAACACUACACUCACCUUCCAACACCAAAUUGUAUAACAAUUCCUCAAAGAAGAGGGCUGCUAAUGUUGCUAUGUAAGCUUGCAAUGUCUUUCUAAAAAUCUGUAACAGUUGGUGAUAUAUUUGUAAUAUGCUAUAUGUAAUGGGCGCAUAAUGUGUUUGGUAUGCACAAAAAUAAAAUUUAUUUUUCUUCAUAAUUAAA